AUGAAGACCAUUUUUAUACUUGUUCUUGUACUAGGGAUAUGGGCAUCGUAAUAUGCAAAUGAGAUAGUGUGUCCAGUUAUAGGCAUUGAUUUGGGAACCACAAAUUCUUGUGUUGGUAUCUUUCUUUAAGGAACUGUUGAAAUUAUUCCAAAUGAGAGAGGAAACAGAAUAACUCCGUCGGUUGUGGCAUUCACGGAUGAAGAACGAUUGAUAGGAGAAGCAGCCAAGAAUCAGGCCACAUUCAAUCCUUUACGAACACUUUAUGAUGUUAAAAGAUUGAUAGGAAGAAAAUACACAGAUCCAACUGUCCAAUAAGAUAAAAAGUUGAUGUUCUACUAAAUAGUCCAAAAAGACAAUAAAGCUUAAAUCAUGGUUAGGAAUUUUAUGGGAUUGCCCUCCAAGAUAUUUGCUCCAGAAGAGAUCUCAGCAAUAGUCUUAAAGAAAAUGAAAGAAAUAUCAGAAACCUUUAUAGGAAAGAAAGUAGAGAACGCUGUAAUAACUGUUCCAGCCUAUUUCAAUGAUGCUCAAAGAUAAGCCACUAAGGUUGCCGGAAUAAUAGCAGAUUUAAAUGUAUUGAGAAUUUUAAAUGAACCAACAGCAGCAGCGAUCGCUUAUAAUCUUGAUAGGUUAGCAGGAGAGAAGAACGUUUUAGUUUUUCAUUUAGGAGGUGCAACAUUCGAUGUAUCUGUUCUGUAGAUAGAAUAUGGAGUCUUUGAAGUAAUAGCUACUUUUGGAGAUACUUAAUUAGGAGGAGAAGACUUUAAUUACAGAGUGAUAGAUCAUUUCUUAAAAAUUAUCAAGAAGAAACUCAAAAUAGAUAUUAGUGGAAAUUAGAGAAUUAUUCAAAAGUUGAAGAGAGAGGUGGAAAAGGCAAAAAUAGCACUAUCAUAUACUUAUGAGACAACACUUGAGAUUGAAGAUUUAGUUGAUGGACUGAGUUUUUAAGAAACUCUUACAAGAUCCUAAUUUGAAGAAUUGAAUAAAGAUUUAUUCUAAAAAAUAAUUUAACCAAUCAAAUUGGCUUUGGAAGAUUCAAAUUUAAAUAAGGAAGAUAUACACGAAAUAGUCUUAACUGGUGGUUCUACUAAAAUCCCAAAGAUUAGAGAAAUUGUCAAAGACUUCUUUAAUGGAAAAGAAGUCAAAACUGGAUUAAAUCCAGAGGAAGCAGUCUGUUAUGGAGCUGCCAUAUAGGGAGGCAUUCUAUGUGAAGAGUUUAAUAAACCUAGGGGUUGUUUUCAGUUGGAUGUUACGCAGUUAAGUUUAGGUGUUGAAACUUCUGAAGGAGUAUUCACAAAGGUUAUUCCAAGAGGUUCCAUUAUUCCAAAUAGGAAAUCUUUAACAUUCACAACAAAUCAAUAAGAACAAGAAACAGUAACGAUUAAUGUCUACUUAGGUGAAAGACCUUUUGUCAGAGAUAAUCAUAAAUUAGGCACUUUUGAAUUAACUGAUAUUCCCCAAAGUCCCCGAGGAACUCAUUAAAUUGAAGUUACAUUUGAUAUUGAUAUUGAUGGCAUACUCAAAGUUUCAGCUGUGGAGUAGUCGUCAGGAAUAGCUAAUACACUUAUCAUACAAAAUUAUUCUGAUAGAUUUUCAUAAGAAGAAAUAGAUAAAAUGAUUGAAGAAGCAGAAAUAUUAGUACUUUAUGAUAAAAAAGUAAAAGAAAUGGUAGAGGCAAGGAAUUCUUUAGAGAAUUACAUCUUUAUGAUAAAAAAUUAAAUUGAAGACCCUGAAUGGCUUGCAAACUUAUUAUCAGACGAUGAAAAAGAGACCAUCCAGCAAGUUCUGUAAGAGACAUUCGAUUGGCUGUAGAAAAGCUAAAACAGCUAUAAAGAGAUUUAUGACUAAAAGCUGGAAGAAGUACAAAAUAUUUGCAAUCCAAUAGUGAUUAAACUUUAUUAAUAUCUAAAUAACGAUUAAAUAUAUUUUGAUGGAUAUGCGAAUAGUGAUUUAUGA